AUGGAUUGGCGAGUAGUGAUCAUCACGUAUAAUGUGAACAUGCAACGUGCUGACGAAGAUGACAUUGAGAAGCUCCUUGCGCCAAGUAUGGCUGUCAAACCGAGCAUAUUAGUGAUUGGAAUGCAGGAAGUUUCUCACGGUGAAACCGUUGUCGGCGGAACAGCUGUUACAUGGCAACGCCAAAUUUUGGAAUGGAUGAGUACAAGGAGUGAAGGCAUGGUGUUGCUCACAAAAACUUACCAAAUGACAAAUCAAGUGACGGUUUAUCUGAAGCGAGCUCUUUUACCGCAGAUUAGAAGAAUCCAGUUUCGCUUCAGCCGCAGUACUAUGGGUGGACUUACGGGCCACAAAGGAUCUAUAGGUGUGAAUAUUUCACUACAUGGUGGUAUUUCCGUGGUAUUUGUUGAAAGUCAUUUCAUCCAUGAUGUCAUUUCCUACGACAGAAGGAUAGCUCAAUUUCAUUCCAAUAAAACUUGUUGUUUCCCUGAGGACAAGGAAGUCAAAGCAACGUUCUGGCUUGGAGAUUUGAACUUUCGUGUUGAAAAAGAACCUGAAGAAGCUCUAGAAUUUAUCAAAGCGAAGACUUGCCCCAAGUUACUAGACACUUGUGAGCAGCUCAACCAAGCUGUACGGCAAAAAGAGGCCUUUGUUGGAUACAAGGAGCAACCAAUUCAUUUUCCACCAACUUACAGGUUCUUUGUUGGUUCGACGGAAUACGACUUGAAGCGGACGCCGUCUUGGUGUGAUAGGGUAUUAUUUACGGGUGACAUAAUCUCUCCUAUAAGCUAUAUAUCUAACGAGGACGUAUUGGUCAGCGAUCAUUUACCAGUGCAAGCAGUCUUUGACUUGAAGGUUCCGGUAUCAUCAGCUAGUAACUGGGAUGUAUUAUUUGAACAUCUGCCUCCAUGGUAUACUACCGUGCCUUUGAUUAGCCGGUUCCAAUUCCGACACAAUUACUGGAGCAGUCGUGGCAGUUACCUCGAUUGGGCAGCGGUCUAUCCGGCGACAAUUGAUGAUUGCACGACGCCAAUCAAAUGGAUAUGGAUCGCCACGUGCUCAGAUCAAACAGUUCAAAACCAGCGGUAUAUCGUGUGCGAGUUUGGGACGUUGCCGGAAGGCUUUUAUCGACUUGGGUACUUUAGUCACUACAGUAACUGUUUGAUAGGGUUGUCGAAGACCUUUAGAGUAACGGAACCACCCUCAGACUGA